UAAACAACUGCGCGGAGCCAUUGUCAGCUGUUCGUUGUAGUCGAUAUGGAGUGAUCAGACCAAGGUCGUUAAUUUUACGCAAUAUUUAUGCAAAAUUUUGCUAAGAACGUGGAUGUUUUGACGCAAGGCUUAAAAGCUGGCAUAUCAGGACUAAUGAACCUCGCAAGCCAAGGAAGUGAUCCUAAUAGUGGGGUUUUCUUUGUUAAUUUUAACCAAGAUUGCACGUCUCUAGCCGUUGGAACAAAAACUGGUUAUCGCCUAUUUUCUCUCAAUUCGGUUGAUCACUUAGAGCAGAUAUAUGAAAAUGAUGCUGAAGACAUUUGCAUUGUUGAACGGCUCUUCAGUAGUAGCCUGGUUGCGGUUGUCAGCUUGUCGUCCCCCAGGAAGUUGAAAGUGUGCCAUUUCAAGAAGGGAACUGAAAUCUGCAACUACAGUUACUCAAAUACUAUUCUUGCAGUGAAGUUAAACCGCUCUCGACUUGUGGUAUGCCUUGAAGAAUCUCUGUAUAUACAUAAUAUUCGUGAUAUGAAGGUACUACACACAAUACGAGAUACUCCACCUAACCCUUCUGGGCUAUGCACGCUCUCUGUUAACAGUGACUGCUGUUAUUUGGCAUAUCCAGGUUCGAAUACAAUUGGAGAGGUUCAAAUUUUUGAUACCAUCAAUUUGCAUGCAAAGACCAUGAUUCCAGCUCAUGACAGCCCACUAGCAGCAUUAGCAUUUAGUACGUCAGGUACCAAAGUGGCAACUGCAUCCGAGAAAGGGACUGUCAUUAGAGUUUUUUUAGUGAACGAUGGGACAAAGCUCUAUGAAUUUCGGCGUGGAGUGAAACGCUGCGUCAGCAUAUCAAGUCUUGCUUUUUCAAUAGAUUCCAACUUCCUCUGCUGUUCCAGCAAUACUGAAACUGUUCAUGUGUUCAAGCUGGAAGAACCACGAGAAGAAUUGCGACGUGUGCCAUCAGAAAAUCAAGGCUGGAUGGGUUACCUGUCAAAGGCUGUGUCUGCAUCUGCCAAUUAUCUACCGUCGCAAGUAACAACCGUGUUCAGCCAGGGUCGAGCAUUUGCCACCGUUCAUCUUCCUUUCCAGGGACUCAGAAACGUUUGUGCCAUCACAGUCAUACAAAAAGUCCUGAGGUUGCUUGUUGCUUCUGCUGAUGGUUAUUUGUAUGUUUACAAUCUGGACCCAAAUGAAGGUGGUGACUGUACUCUAUUGAAGCAACACAGACUGGAUGGGAAACUGGAGCAGCCAGCAGAACAGGCAGCUGGUGCAACUUGUAUAAGCCCUGAGAAUGCUCACUCUGCUUCCAAACCUGUUACUAAUGCGUCUGCACCACCAGGUGAUCACUGCGCCAUAAGUAGCUACGCUGGGAUAUUGAAGGGCUGCUCUCCAGGCUCCAUGUCAGGUACUGUUGAAUCUGAAAAAUUCCAUGAGAUGGCAGCUGCAACAGAAUCACCCCCAAAAGGUGGUUUUCGAUUUGAUGAUGAAAGUGAAUUUCCACCAGUCACCCAAAAAACAGAAUAGUGAUUGUUCUGUUUAUGACGCGGCAUAUCGACAAAGACCUCUUACAGAGUGUAGAGGCAUUUUCAUUGUACUGUUUACUAUGUGUGUGACACAGUUAUUGCAAGGUGCAUAAGUUCUUUUCCUAAUUCGUGAUGUAUGAAUUAUGUAAAUAACUGGUGCAUACGUACAAGAAUAAACACAAUGAAUGUUACUGAUCUGAGAAGAAGUGCAAAAGCUUGUUGUGCACAUGCAUUUGAGAUGUGUGUAUCCUCAUAGCUGCAUUAUGCAAAGUGGUAGAAUUGAUAUGUUAUUGACUGAAUUCAGUUUACAGAAUUAUAAUCACAUUGUUGGCAAUGGUGGUAUCUUGAAUAGCAGUUGUUUUACACAUUUUAGAAUUUUGUAUUUGAUAAUUCCAUCAUAUUCAAAUGAGACAGAAUUUUGAUUACCACUGACAUUUAUAGCCAACACCUACCUGCUUGUGUGUAAAAUAUUUUAAUGUUUGACACUGAGCAUUUACAUUAAUGAUGAUGGAGAACCUGUUCUCUUUUUGUGAUAAAGAAUUUUGCUUGUGCUUCCAUCCUUGAUGUCAUGCCUCUCUCAUUUCUUUUAGCAGUGGUAUGAUUGAGCUUGAAGAAAAAAGUUGCACUUCUUUAUAUGAAAAUUGAGUAAAAAAGUAAGAUUUUGUAAUUUCAGCUCAUAUUUAUCUUUAUUAAUAGAGCAUAAACAGUGAGAGUCCUGCAACUCAAAUGAUACACACAAACUAUUUUUAAACCAAAAGUGCAUACAUUUCAAUGAUUUGUGUGUUUUGAUAUUGCAAAAAUGUACAUUGUGGUGCUGCACUUGUACACUCCACCACAGUAUUUUCCCACAUCUGAUACCAUUUUAUGUGCUGAUGUGCUUUGUAUCUCUCACUGUUAAUAAAUUAAAGAACUUUCUUAUUGGAAGGUCUUACCUGUACCUUUUUUAUGUUGUCCAGUUUCUCACUAUUACAUGUUUUCCAUUUGUUUCCUUAUGGAUUUUGACAAGAAAUAAAAUUUCAGCUGUGAGCUUCUGCAUGUAUCUGAAAAGUUUAUAUUGUUGUACAUCAUUCCAAAUUUUUUCAUUUAUUUAACUAAAAGACAGUGUUUGUACUGAUAACUUACAAAUGAUACCAUUGUUUUAAAAUAAUUCCAUUAUUUUGUUGACAGUAUGAACAAGUAAUUACUUGCUGUGAUUGUAGUGUUGCCAUUAUUAAAGCUCAGUGUCAUUUUUAUAUGUGGGUGUGUAUGUGUGCGCACUUGGUUUACAUUUCACAAUUUUAUGAAGUCUGCACAAUUCUGUACCCAUACUAGCUAAAGCAAAAUUAUACUAACUUGUUUAAUUGUGACAGUGAUUGGUGGGCAUAUCCUCUUUGAUCUCUGAUGCAUUUUUAAAAUUUCUGUUGUAUCAACAGUCUGUUAUAUACAUUUCGUUCCUGGUAAUAUUACGCUGAUCUUGCUUAAAGUGUUUUUUUUUUUUCUUAAAAUGUAUGUCAGAAUUGUGAACCACCACCAGGCAAUCAGAUUGGUAGUUUUCAGUUUGUAUUCAAGGAAGGUGUGAGAGAGAGAGAUGGGUGGGUCACAUGUCAAUGCUUGUGAUGUCUACCAUUUACUUAAUGCUUUAUAGUUAACAUUUUUUAUGCAGUUGGCAAUAAGCAAGUUAAAUUUCCUCUGUGCUGGAUUCAUAAGUAACUGACAGCAUUUUUGUGAUUAAUCACUGAUGAAAGUACAAACAUAGAUAUAUGAUUACAAAGAGAUUUUUCUGUCAGCUUGCACAAUGAUGCUGAAAGGCAGGUGCAUAUGAGUGGCUAUUUAUUCUUAUCUGAUGUUCUCGUACCUUGCUAAAGAAAUAUUGAUCAUUUUCUUACUUUAGAGGAUCAGACUUUUUUUUCAGUGAUUGUGUAUUGUGUAUUCACCUGAGUUUUGAGAGCAAGUAGAGGAAUCAGCAAAUCAAAAAAGCUCUGUCAUACUUGCAGAAUUCUUAAUUUUGUUUUUUUCUUGUUUGGCUUAGUGGAGUAAUGGAAUUACUGUCAUUAUCAAAUGACUACUGAUUAAUAAUGAGGUCUGUAUAAGCACCGUGAUAAUUUUUUUAUUAACAUUGAAACUCAUUAUUAAUUAGCUGUCAUCUGAAGGCAGCCAGUCUCAUUGCUGAAAAAUCUACCUUAUGCUCCUGAACACCAGAGCAGAAUACAAAUGCUGUGAGGAGAGAAAAUUCUUUAUUAGAUCUGCUUAUUUCUCUCUGUUAUGGUGUUACACAGGAAAGAAAUGUGUGUAUGGAAAUUGCUGAAGUGAUAAUUUGUCACAGAGCAGAAACUUGUCAAAAGCAGCCAAUGAAAAGUUGUUUAGAAAAGAUAUUUUCUUCAAAUGAUUAUUGCUGCAUGGGCAUUGUUUUAUUGCCUGUUAGUACAUGGUCACAUCUUUGCCUGGGACUGGUUAUUAACAGAAAAAGCUUUGAGGUCAUUGUAAAUCUAUUGAUUGUGUCAAGUCGGGUAUCUUUACCAAAUGAGAUUAGAUGAAAGUGGACCACAUGAAAGCAUGGACAGAGUUGGUCUCUUUAUUAUGACCAUUCACUCGAAGUACAAAUAUUGUCAGAACUUAUUAUGUGUUUAUGAAUGAAAUUGUAGUGUUUCGUAAGUGGCUUUUAAAUGUCAUUCAUAGCAUUACGUGAAAUUAUGCAAUGACAGCAUCAUUCCUAAUUCAGUUUUGAGUCUGUGUAAACAAUUCAUAAGAGUUCAUAAGAGGGAUGAAACUGAUACAAAACAAAAUUUUUAAUAAAGUAGUAUUAAUCACCAGUAUA